AUGCAUGUCGAAAUUCAUUUUGUUAAGUCUUCAUCACACAUCGGCUUCUCGCUGUCAAAUGUCUACUGCCGUUGCUCUCACGUUAAAGGGACGCGUGAUUUCAGUUCUCAACCACACAACUCGAAGGUGCCCGCAGCUGCAACUUGGGAGCCGAUAACAGAGGACCAGUUGCCACCGCCAACGCCAGUAGCAGCCGACCUGGUGGACAAACUGGAGCGUCUGGCCUUAGUGGACUUCCGCACCAAAGAGGGACUGGCCUGUUUGGAGAAGGCCAUCAGAUUUGCAGCGCAGCUUCAUGUUGUUGACACCUCAGGAGUCGAGCCGAUGGAUUCAGUUCUGGAGGACAGGAUUUUGCACUUGAGGGAGGACACGGUGUUAGAAGGCAACCAUGCAGAAGAGCUUCUGCAGCUCUCCAAAAACACAGUGGAGGAAUAUUAUGUGGCACCACCAGGAAAUAUUCCCUUACCAAAGAGGGAGGAGCGGACUGCCAUGCUGAAACAUUCUGAAUUCUGAAGAUUUGGAACUUGUUUUUCAGACUAAGGAAUACUGUCAUCAUUAGCUUUGAUUUAUUUUCUCAGUACGUCGAUAUAUGAAGUUGGUCACGGCUAAUAUGAUGAGCUGGUUGUAAUGCAUGUCGUUGAUUUUCAGUUUGUUGCAAAAAUGCAAGUACUUUGUCGCUGCUUGAUGAAGAAAUGAAAAGAGUAGUUUGUUUGACUAAUAGUGAUGUCUUGUUUGAUAUACAGUAUCUAUU